UACAGGUGGGGAAAAAAAUAAGUUAAACAGUUCCCUAACUCGUUUCUCCGUGUACAAAGAUCAUCAGAUUUCUCCAGUUUGUCGCUGGAAUCCGUUUGGAAAGUAUCCGAAUGCAACAAAAGACACUAUAUCUCCUGCUUUAGAGGUAGAAAUUUGGGUGUCUGUACCUGUGAAGCUCUGAACCCUCAUCAUGUCAGUGAGAACCCUUUCACUCAAGGCUCUUCUGUUCCUCGGACUGUGUCAGGUUGGACGCCGGGGACUCGCCUCUGCCCCAGAUCUACGAGAACCACCGAAGAAAAUUGCCAUCGUUGGAGCCGGAAUUGGAGGAACAGCAGCAGCGUAUUUCCUCAGGCAGGAGUUCGGCCCUGGCGUCAAGAUCGACGUGUACGAAGCAGACACCGUCGGAGGACGUCUUGCGACAGAGAACAUCGAGGGGCGUGAUUAUGAAACGGGAGGCUCCAUUAUACACCCGCUGAAUUUGCAUAUGAAGCACUUUGUGGAUAGACUAGGUCUGUCAGUCCGUGCUGAUGUCCCUUCAAAAAUGGCCAUCUUUGACGGGAAGGAGCUGAUGUUCGAGGAGAGCGACUGGUUCAUCGUGAACUUCCUCCGCAUGCUGUGGCGCUACGGCUUCAACGCGCUGCGCAUGCACAUGUGGGUGGAGGGGAUUCUGGACAAGUUUAUGAGGAUUUAUCAGUACCAGCAGUUCAGCUACUCGUUCUCGAGUGCUGAUCGACUGGUGCACGCCAUGGGCGGUGACGAGUUUCUCGCUCUUCUCAACAAGACCCUGGAGGAGGCCAUGCUGGCUCACGGCUUCUCUCAGACCUUCAUUAAUGAAAUCGUCACCCCGAUAUCACGCGUUAAUUACGGCCAGAGCGUUCGCCUGCACGCCUUCGCCGGUUCUGUGUCUCUGGCUGGUGCUGAUUCGGGCCUCUGGUCUGUGGAUGGAGGUAAUAAGCGAGUCUGCUCUGGGCUUCUGUAUCACAGCAAAGCUGAACUCAUUGCAGCACGUGUGACCAACAUCGCUCUCAAAACAAGGCCCUCUAAAAGCGGCACCAUCACAAACUUUUACGAAGUGAACUACGUCGGUGAUUCAGGCCCCGCCCACAGCCUUUACGAUAUCGUGGUUUUGGCCACGCCCCUCCACCAGGGUCUGUCCGACAUCGCUUUCUCAGGCUUCUCUCCAUCCUUGCCCUCACACUUUCCCGGGCGCUACCACCAGACCGUGAGUACGCUAGUCCUUGGUCGUCUGAACGUGUCCUACCUGGACACCAAACGGAAACCAAGCGAGUUUCUCGUCUCAGACGUUUUUACGACAGAUAACGAGAAACUGGGCAUUUCCAGCGUGAGCUCCCUGGAUCCAGUUCACAUCACGCAUGGCUACUCGCGCCCUUUGGCCCACCAGACUGCAGUGUGGAAGGUUUUUUCUCCCGAGCCUCUGACCGAGGAGCAGCUAAAGACACUGUUCAUCUCCCAAGAGCACGUGGUGGAGAAGCGCUGGCUGGCGUAUCCGUCAUACAGAGCUCCAGAGCGCCGACCUCCACCUUUCAUCCUCCACCACAACCUCUAUUACCUAAGCCCCAUCGAGUGGGUCGCAUCGGCGAUGGAGAUGAGCGCUCUCUCAGCACGAAACAUAGCGCUGCUCGCAUACCAUCGCUGGCAUGGACACACGGCGAAGGUGGAUCAGGAGGGGCUGCACGCUCGCCUCCGGGGGGAGCUGUAGAGACACGAGAGAUGCUUUUAACAACGACAACCAAGAAAUUUACAAUCCACUGGCUGUUGAAGUGUGUGGUGUGUGUUUGUGUGUGUGUGUGUGGUGUUUUUAAUUUUAUAAAUAAGAUGCCAGAGAGGCUUUCUAUUCUCAUUACUUUUUUGGUUGACUUGUAUGAACAAUUUUUGAUUUUUUUCCCAAUAUUAGAGCUUUUAUUGCUACAGAUUAUUAAGCAAUAUAUUAUUAUAUAUUGCUGCAGAUAAUUAAAAAAAAAAACUAUGCAAGCUAAAGCUACAGGAACAGUUCGACCAAAUGAAAUCCCUCCCCUUACACAACUGUCAUUGUUCUAUAAUGCACUGAAGCAAUCCACGCUAUACAGCUAAAAGUAUGUGCACCCCAGUGUCCUUCACUGCCAUAUGUGGUUCUUCCCCAGAAUGUCUGUGUGUGCUGUAGCAUUACAAUUAUCCCUUUAAUGCAGCAAAGAGGCUCAGAGCUGUUCUAGCAUGACAAUGCUCCUAUGCACAAAGCAAGGUCUGUGAAGACAUAGUGUGUUAAGAUCAGAGUGGAAGAACUCGAGUGUCCGCAUACUUUUGGCAGUAUUGAGUAGAAAGCUAAUUAAAGGGAUGUAAGUGGAGGUUCUUAGUGCAUUUCUGGGAUAAAAAAUGCGAAUUGCAGGUUUUUACUUUUCUUUAGACAUGAGCAAGCGGACCAAUAGGAAGCUCAGUGGACAUAAAACACGGUCAUCAACACGGACAUCUUUAGUAAACCUGGCUUUAGUUAGGCUACUCAUUUCUUUAUAUUUUCGUAACCAGAUCUGUUAGGAAAUAUCAGUCAUGUACAAACAAAUCGAGUAAAUGAUGUGGGUGGGACUGAAAAUGACUCAGGCAUAAAUUAUUAAUUUUCUGGUGCUUUAUGCCACACCCACUUCAGGUUUAAUUCCUGAUUAUAGAUAUAAAUAUUUGCAGCACUGUAGAGAUGUAGAUGAUCAUUAUGGGUGCGUCUCAGUCAGCUCUCUGGUUUCCUCUGUGGUGAACAGUAGUUGGGGCUUUGUCUCUGUUUUUCUGAUGCGUUAAUGCUUCAUUUUGAACAGUUAUUAAACAUUAUUAAGCUGAGACUCAGCGUGAAUAUGUGAACCGGCUUCCACUGGCGCUUCAUCUAAUUCAGCUUCACCUUUAAAACUAAUAAAAGGAAGGCGAGCCUUCUUAAAGAAAAAGAAAAUGCUUGAAAUACUAAUUUCUGCCCGAUCUAUAGGUCACAUGACAUGUUUGUCUUCUUAAUUCCUCUUUCCACAGUUGCAGAAAAGAACUUUAGCUGUUCACUGAACCAGUAUUUUACCUCCAGAAUCACAACACUGUCAGAAUAAACUGCUGUCCAGGUAAACCUUUUAUUUCCCAGAUUAUCUAUACACCGAUCAGGCAUAACAUUAUGACCACCUGCCUAAAACAGCCUCAACCUGUUGAGGCAUGGACUCCACUAGAUCUCUGAAGGUGUGCUGUGGUAUCUGGCACCAAGAUGAUAGCAGUAGAUCCUUUUAAGUCAUCCAUGUGCCCCACCUCGCAGCUAACAGGACGUUAAGGAUACUUUUAAUAGAUACUGACCACUGCAGACUGGGAACACCCCACAAGAGCUGCAGUUUUGGAGAUGAUCCAAAAUCGUCUGCUCCAGUCGUCUAUCCAAUUUGGCCAUUUGUCAAACUCACUCAAAUCCUUAUGCUUGUCCAUUUUUCCUGCUUCUAACACUUCAACUUUAAGGACAAGAUGUUCACUUGCUGCCUAAUAUAUCCCACCCACUAACAGGUGCCAUGAUGAGGAGAUCUUAUUCACUUCACCUGUCAGUGGUCAUAAUGUUAUGCCUGAUCGGUGUAAUGUAUAAUGAAAGUAUAUCAUGCGUUCAGAGAUGUAGUCUUCCAGCGCCGUCACAUUCUCGAAUCUGCACGUCGAAGUACAUCUGAUAACGUUUCAAGGUGAAGGAAGGACUGUUUAGAGCUGCUACGACGUCAGUGAUUACAGGAACGCGUUUUCCUCAGCUGUUUAUCUUUAACGCAAUUUAAAUGACCACUAAAUGUCCUUUAACUAAAGGUAUAAAAAUGUAAUUGUAUAUGAAUUGUCCCUUUUUUUCUCCAAGAGGGUAGCAGAGAGAAAGUCCAUGACCAGUACUUUAGAAUGAUUAUGGAAAAUGAACUAAAUAGAUUUUACUCUACAGACAUUCCUACAGCAAUGAUAUUUGUAGUGUGUUUGUAUUUUUGCACAACUGACCAGUCAUAACAUCUCUUUCCGUAACACGCUGUAUAGAACAACAUUCAGUGUUAAAAUAAUCAAAGAAUUUUUUCUUUUCUACAGUGUUGUGUAUUUAUUUCACGGAUUAUUUUGAACAAUUGAGUGAUUCGUACUAAUCCUACUAAAAAAAGUUUUUAAUAGAAAGCUUUCUUUCUUUUCAAAUGAAACACACUGUCAAAUGAAAUGGAUCACUGUUUACAUUCAAUAAAAUAUGAUUCAUUGUAAA